UCGACUAGAGAUCCCGUGGCUUUUAAUUCCCUCACUACUUUUUUUUUUAAACCCUCCUUCGAUUUGCCCCGUUAUUACCAUUUAUCCGAGGCGUUCAUUUCCGCACCUGCCACACAGAGACCAAGCUAAGGCGAAGUAGAAGAGGAGACAAGGACACUGCGAGAGCCGGGAGAGGCAGACUGUAGAGAUAGCAGCGGUGACCCGUUUGAGAUCUUAAAGGACAAAAAAAAAAAUGCUGCUCUGGACCAAAAUCGCGUUGGUCGGUCUCAUCUGCUUGUCCUUGGUAUCCUCUGGGAUGGGAUGCGGACCGGGCAGGGGCUACGGCAGGAGAAGACAUCCGAAGAAGCUGACACCUCUUGCGUACAAGCAGUUCAUCCCCAACGUCGCGGAGAAGACCCUCGGGGCAAGCGGUAAAUACGAAGGCAAGAUCACAAGAAACUCCGAGCGAUUUAAAGAACUGACUCCCAAUUAUAACACAGACAUCAUAUUCAAGGAUGAGGAGAACACCGGUGCUGACAGGCUAAUGACUCAGAGAUGUAAAGACAAACUGAACUCGCUAGCCAUCUCCGUGAUGAACCAGUGGCCCGGAGUGAAGCUGCGGGUCACCGAGGGCUGGGACGAGGACGGACACCAUUUAGAAGACUCUCUUCACUACGAGGGCAGAGCCGUGGACAUCACCACUUCAGACAGAGACAAGAGCAAAUACGGCACUCUGUCCAGGCUGGCGGUGGAAGCUGGAUUUGACUGGGUCUACUAUGAAUCCAAGGCCCACAUCCACUGCUCCGUGAAAGCAGAAAAUUCAGUGGCAGCAAAGUCAGGCGGCUGCUUCCCCGGAUCCUCCACGGUCACCCUUCAGGAUGGCACCAAGAAAGCAGUCAAAGAUCUCAAAAGCGGCGACAGGGUCAUGACAGCAGAUGACGACGGAAAUGUAAUUUACAGCGACUUCAUCAUGUUUAUAGACCGAGAUUCGAUGCUGAGGAGGAUCUUCUAUGUGAUCGAAACCGACUCGGGCCAGAAAAUAACCCUCACCGCCGCGCACCUCCUCUUCGUCAGCCGCAACAGCUCCAGCGAGGCGGAGAAGCGGAUGUCUGCGAUUUUCGCCAGUCAAGUCCAGCCUGGACAGAAAGUGUUCGUCUUUGACGCAGAGCGAAGUCGACUCGAGCCUGUGACCGUCAAACGGAUUUACACGCAAAGUCACGAGGGUUCCUUUGCGCCCGUGACUGCACAGGGGACCAUCGUGGUGGACCAGGUCCUUGCGUCCUGUUACGCAGUGAUCGAAGACCACGACUUGGCACACUGGGCCCUGGCACCCGUCAGGCUCGCCCACUGGGUGUCCUCGUUCCUAUUUAGCUCCCAGCCUCCAAGCAGUGUACAAAACGAAGGAGUGCACUGGUACUCCAAAAUCCUUUAUCAAUUAGGGACAUGGCUCUUGGACAGCCACUCGAUCCAUCCACUUGGAAUGUCGGUAUACCCAAGUUGAAACAGCUGCGACAGGAGCAGAACGAGACUUUAAAUGUAGGACACACGAACUAUACAGUAGAUUAAAAAUAAUAAUAAUAAUAAUAAUAAUUAAAAAGAGAAAGAGAGAAAGAAAAAAAGCGAACUGACAGACAGACGUGACAUGACAAGGGCCCCAGCGGAGUUGGGAUAUUUAUUUCAGUGACUUUUCCAUGAUGUGUCCCCCUUUCAAAGAAUGAAUGGAGCCUUAAAAAGUUUCUCUUUGAAUAAUUUAUUCUCAUGUGAACUCUGCUGCUGUCACAUAAAUGGAUUCUGAAACUGUGUGAGCAGCAAAUUGUGCAUAAUCUAUUUUUGUAAAUAUCAAAUGCAAAAAAAAGAAAGAAAAAUGAAGAAAAAAAUUGAAAAAUGGGAAAAAAAAAUCGGAAACAGAAAGAAGAUCAUGUAAAACGGAGCUGAC